CUCUUAAGCCAUUUGAUUCUGGUGACAUAAAAAUCUUGUUACUGGAAAACAUAAGCCAGGCUGCUGUUGAUAUUUUAAAUAAAGAAGGAUAUCAGGUGGAAGCACAUUCAAAAUCACUUCCGGAAGAUGUCCUCAUAGAGAAAAUUCGAGAUGUCCAUUGUAUCGGAAUUCGAUCUAAAACUAAACUUACGCGUAAAGUCCUCGCAGAGGCAAAAAAACUCUUAGUAAUCGGAUGUUUCUGCAUCGGAACAAAUCAAGUCGAUCUGGAAGCUGCAGCUAGACAGGGUAUUGCUGUGUUCAAUUCUCCCUUCAGUAAUAGUAGAAGUGUUGCAGAAUUGGUUAUUGGAGAAAUUAUCUUUUUGUCUAGACAAUUGGGUGAUCGUAAUAUUGAGAUGCAUCAAGGAAUUUGGAAUAAGCUUUCGGUAAAAUGUUUUGAAAUUCGAGGAAAAAUUCUUGGUAUAGUUGGUUAUGGUCAUAUCGGAUCUCAAUUAUCUGUUCUUGCCGAAUCGAUGGGAAUGACAGUAUAUUUCUAUGAUAUUAUUCAAAUGAUGCCUUUGGGAACUGCCAAACAAGUUGGUACGUUGCACGAACUUUUGGAGCGAGCAGACUUUGUUACUCUGCAUGUCCCUGAAACAGAAGACACGAAAAAUAUGAUAGGAGAUGCUGAAAUUUCUAAAAUGAAGAAAGGCAGUUAUUUAAUAAAUGCAUCCCGUGGCACUGUUGUUCAGAUUCCUGCUUUAAUAAAAGGUUUACAAAGUGAACACUUACUGGGUGCAGCAAUUGACGUUUAUCCCCGCGAACCUAGGUCAAAUGGCCAAAACUUUAAUGAUGAGUUAAAUCCUUGGACAACUGAACUUUUAAACUGUAAAAAUUUGAUAUUGUCUCCACAUAUCGGUGGUUCUACUGAAGAAGCACAAGCAAUGAUCGGAAUUGAAGUAGCGACUGCACUUUUCAAAUACAUAAAUUAUGGCACUUCGAUUGGUGCUGUCAAUUUCCCUGAAAUUGAUCUCCGUGCUAUUCAGGAUACUGAGAAAAAUUCAAUUCGUGUUCUUUUCUCUCAUCAAAAUGUUCCUGGUGUGCUCAAGGAAAUCAAUCAAAUUCUUUCCGACCAUAAUGUUGAGAAACAGUAUUCUGAUUCACGAGGAGAAAUUGCUUACAUGAUGGCCGACAUUUCUGAUGUUGAUGAACAUGAUAUUCGUAAGAUUUAUGACACUAUAAGCUCUUCUAAGGCUAACAUAUUAACAAGAAUAGUAUAUUAA